UCAAAAAUGUUUUAGAAUGAAAAAUAUCUGAAACUUCACAUUCAGCUCUUGAAUAAGUUGAAUAAAUUGAUAUAUUUUUAUAAAAAUAUUAUAUUAUAUAAGAAAGGCAGAGAUAUGUGCGCAAAGCUGAGCGACUUUGGCCUGGCCAAAACGGAGAUGCUGAAUAUAUACGAGGAUAUGGCAAUGUACCUGCAACAGAUUGUGGCACAGUUGCAGGAGAUGCCACAAUUGGGUGAUCUGCUCAAUGAACGUAUUCAAGAACAACUGUUAGGUUGCAUAAACCGAAUAAAAGCCAUUUGCCCCAUGUUGCAGCGUAAACACAUGAAGGUUGCGUUCUUUGGACGCACAUCGAAUGGAAAGAGUGCGGUGAUCAAUGCCAUGUUGCAUGAACGCAUAUUGCCGAGUGCCAUGGGGCAUACAACGAGUUGCUUUUGUCAGGUGGAGGCGUGUGGAAGGGGGGAGUCUGCCCACGUGAUGAUCGAGCACAGUGAGGGAGAAAAGUUGAGCAUCGAUUCUCUGCGAGAUUUGGCGAGUGCACAUUCAAGUCAAUCAUUGAGUGCUCAUCGUUUGUUGCACGUGCGCUGGCCGAGCAGCAGUUGCAACCUGCUGGGGCACGAUGUGGUGCUGCUGGACACACCUGGCGUGGAUGUGACGGCGCAACUGGACGAAUGCAUCGAUCGUCAUUGCCUCAAUGCGGAUGUGUUUGUGCUCGUGCUGAAUGCCGAGUCCACAAUGUCGCGGGUGGAGCGACAAUUCUUCGAGGCGGUGGCACAACAAUUGUCGCGUCCCAAUCUCUUUAUACUGAACAAUCGCUGGGAUGUGGCUGCCACACUGGAGCCGCACAUGGAGCAAUUGGUGCGGGCACAGCACACACAGCGUUGCCUCCAACUGUUGAUCGAGGAACUCGGCAUCUAUUCAAGUGUCGAGCUGGCCCGAAGACGCAUCUUUCAUGUCUCCGCAUUGGAAGCGUUGCGACUGCGGCAACAACAACAACAACAACAGCAUGCCAAGCGAGGGGAGGAGGAGAGCUUUCGAAUUCCAGGUGGACGUCAACGUUACGAGGAGUUUCUGCGCUUCGAGCGAGAAUUCGCCAGUUGCAUUACACAGAGCGCGCUGAGCACAAAGUUCGAGCAACAUUGCGCCGGGGCAGCGGAGAUGUUGCUGAUGUUGCAAGAACUGUUGCAGCAACUGGGCACAGGCCUAACUGCACUUGGGGCAGAGAAAACCUUGGCUCAAGCCGAGCUAAGUGAGAGAUUCGAGUGUUGGCAAGUGCAAAUCAUGCAGCGGCAAGAAGAACUCAACUUGCAACUGGAGCGGUUGAGUGAGGAAACAACGCGACUGGGCACACAGUUGUUGCAAGAGCAAAUCCAGCGUCUGCCCGCCGUUGUGCAACAAUUUCGGUUGCCCGUUCAGCCGCAGCUGCAAGUGCCACAGGAACUGUGCAACUAUCAGCGUUUGCUUGGCGUCCACUUGGAGCAGCUGCUGUUGGGGCAAGUGGAGAUGCAACUGUGGCCCGUGUUGCAACAGAAAGUGAGUGAAUUGCAACUGCAACUGCACUUGGAAAGUGAAUUGCCCUGGCAACUCUAUUCGCCCAUCAACUGCCAGUUGCUCAUGUCCGAUUUUCAGGUGGAUUUGCAGUUUCGCUUCUCCUGGGGCAUGGCGGCCAUAGUGCAACGCAUUUGUGGCAAGUGGCAACAGCGAGAGCUGCCCCUAAAGUUGCCUGCCAUUGAGAAUUGCCUGCUGGACACAAAUAAUGGUUCCAUGGCCUCAAUGUUGCUGCUGGGCGGCGUCUUGGCCCGUUCCCUCAGUUGGCGUCUGCUUCUUGUUCUGGGUGGCAUGCUGGGCUCCUUUUAUGUCUAUGAGCUGCUCAGCUGGACGCAGCCGGCGCAGGAGCGCAGUUUCAAAACUCAAUACACGCGACACUUGCAGCGUCGUUUGCGCGAAAAUGUGGCACAAACCGCAACGGGUUUCGGGCAGCAGGUGAGGCAACACCUGACGCACUCGAUGCGUGAAUUCAGCGCGGAAACGGAACAAAGUCGCAGCGAAAUCACCGAAGAGUUGCACACACUGAAAACUCAAUUGGAAACGCUGGAAAAUUGUCAAAUGAAAUUAAAACAAUUGCAAUUGGAGGCGGUUGCGUUGCAGCAACGCAUAACGGCAUUUCAAGAGCACUACAUGCCACACAAUCAAAGGAAAUCCAUGUAGAGCAGAUGGGGGAAAAAACCUUUUCCAUUUUCAUUUAUCUUUUAUCUUUAUUUUUUCCCGUUUGCCAAUUAAAAGUUGCCUUGUUCCGUUCUAAUAAUCCUGCGCUGUGAAUUUCUUAAGCUCAACUUUAAUUACUUUCUUGAUUAGAGAACAGAAAAAAAUAGAACAGAAAAAACCAGUUUUUUUUUUAAGCCCAUCUUCUUGUUUCUGGUUGAAGAAGCGAACAGCGUCCAUGUUAAAACAACAACAAGACAAAAGCGUAUCCAAAAGCAAAAGUAACCAAUACAUAAACGGCUAAGCUCCGCCUCUGUCUCACACACACACGACGCGUCGCAGUGCGCAUGAACAAAGGCCGCAGUCGCAGCGCAGUCUGUGCGACGUCUGUGCACACACAGAGGCAGAGAGAGGAAGUACAUAGAGUUGUCUCGCUCUCACUCGCUGCUGUUGCAUUGCAUUUGGACUGGCAACGCCAUUUCUCUUUUUGCGCUGCUGCUGACGUCGACGCCGCCGCUGCCGCUGACGUCGGCCGCCAUCGAGGCAUUUAGAAUCGUAUUUGAAUUUUUAUAAACGCUCGAGAAACGCUCAACGCUUGACGCGCGCGCUGUUCAGGAAAGAAUUCGAGAAAACCUCUAUUAAAAAAUGAAUAAAUAAAAAAUAAUUUAAUAAAAAAAAAUAUUGAAGCAACCACGCUUAGUGUAGUGUUGUGUUAUGCAGUGUUCUUACAGAACUUGGAAUAAAACUAUGGACUUUUCAGCCAAGUCAUCUUCAUCCCAAGAACUUGGCCAAUAAGCUGAAUUUUAACAUUUGCCCAAACCCAAAGCAACGGCUAUAAACUGUGUCAAAGGUACAGUAAAACAACGCACAGUACAUCAUAAUUCGUAAUUAAUGCAACUACAUAACCGCAACGUGUGCUCAACAAAAAUUAAGUUUUAAAAAAAAAAAGUGAAAGUCUUGCCAAAAACAUAAAUAAUACGAGUUACCAAACGUUAAACAGGCCGCAACUUAGUGUUAACAAUAGAGCCUAACAAACCAAAAAAAAAAA